AGGUUUAGUGGUGAUGGACGAGGCUUCUGCGAGUGUGGGAAUCAGUCCGGAUCUAAUUCACGAGAUUUUCAAGAGCGUUUGGGAGAAGGCCAGCCAGGAUGUUGCCAAGGCGGAUGAAUCCAACGCAGGCGCAACCUCGAAAAGAACCAAGUCUACCACUGCAAAUGCGAAUGCUCUCAAGCUCUCCUGUGAGCUGCUCAAGCUCUUCGUCACAGAGGCAGUCGGACGAGCGGGGAUCAUCGCGGAGGCCGAGGGAAAGGAUCGCAUCGAAGCAACACAUUUCGAAAGAAUGCUACCGCAGUUUUUGCUGGACUUCUAGCUAGAGGCGAAGAUGGUGCUCGCG